UCUCUCUCUCUCUCUCUCAACAACAUCCAUGAACUCAACCCUUUGCUUCCUCCAACAUACAAGGAAACCAAAAAAUUUAAGCUUGUGAACGAAAAAAACCCGAAAAGAAAAAUGUCAGACAAGUUUUUCACGGUCGGAUUAAUAACAGCCUGGUACUCAUCGAACAUCGGAGUCUUGUUGUUGAACAAGUUUUUGCUGAGCAAUUACGGGUUCAAGUACCCGAUCUUCUUGACCCUUUGCCACAUGCUGGCUUGCUCUCUCCUGAGCUACGUAGCCAUUUCAUGGAUCAAGGUGGUGCCCAUGCAGAGCAUCAAGUCACGUGUCCAGUUCCUCAAGAUAUCGUCCCUCGGUUUCAUCUUCUGUUUGUCCGUCGUUGGCGGGAACAUCUCGCUCCGGUAUCUGGCCGUGUCGUUUAACCAGGCUGUUGGCGCCACGACGCCGUUUUUCACCGCGGUGUUUGCGUAUCUUAUGACCCUCAAGAAAGAGGGCUGGCUCACCUAUGUUACUCUCAUACCGGUUGUCACCGGUGUUGUUAUUGCCAGUGGGGGAGAACCAAGUUUUCAUGUCUUCGGAUUCAUAAUGUGUGUUGGUGCUACAGCAGCAAGGGCACUCAAGUCAGUGCUCCAAGGGAUAUUGCUGUCUUCUGAAGGGGAAAAGCUUAAUUCUAUGAACCUCCUCAUGUACAUGGGUCCUGUAGCUGUUGCAUUCCUUCUACCUGCAGCACUUUAUAUGGAAGAGGAUGUGGUUGGGAUCACAAUUGCACUUGCAAGAGAUGAUGUGUCCAUCGUAUGGUAUCUAGUAUUCAAUUCUGCUCUCGCAUAUUUUGUCAAUUUGACCAAUUUCUUGGUAACAAAACACACCAGUGCCUUGACCCUCCAGGUGUUGGGAAAUGCAAAAGGAGCUGUUGCCGUGGUGGUGUCAAUUUUGAUAUUUAGAAAUCCUGUAUCAGUAACUGGGAUGCUCGGUUAUUCUCUCACAGUAACAGGAGUCAUUCUCUACAGCGAAGCCAAGAAACGAAAUAGAUAAGAUUAACCCAGAGUUUUUAAUGGGUUCAUGCAGCAUAUUUUCUGAGUUGCACCCUCCCAAAAUAUUUUUAUGCAAAAGAGAGGAAGAGGGAUUGUCUGCCCAAUCAGAAAGGACAUGUUUUUGUUGCUUUGCCAGCUUGAUCCCUGAGGUGCUAGCUCAAUUUUAUUGCUGUUCAUUCUAGGGUUGUCAACAGAGGAAUUUGAAUCAUUUACUUUUAAGCCUUAGCAGGAUUUGGUGUUCUAAUUCUGUGUAUCAUUCUUCAAUUUUGACAAUCAAUGAAAGAUUAUAUGAUGAUUUAAUUAUA